CGGAAAAGGCCUCCCUCGGUGUCAUGACGUCAUUUCCGAUGGAAGGUUUAGGGCAAAACCCAAAACAAGCUAGCCUGCUAACGCGGAAUAUCUUUUGAACCCCAAAAACCAGAUCAAAUCGCAAAGAAACGGAAACAAUGAAAUAAAGGACGCGGGCGACGUCUUCUUCUGCGCCAUGAAUUUACGGGGACUCUUUCAGGAUUUUAAUCCCAGCAAGUUCCUGAUCUACUCGUGCCUGCUGCUCUUCUCCGUGUUGCUGUCCUUGAGGUUGGAUGGGGUUAUCCAGUGGAGCUACUGGGCAGUGUUCACGCCAAUAUGGCUGUGGAAGCUGCUGGUCAUCAUCGGGGCGUCAGUGGGCACCGGAGUGUGGGCGCGCAACCCUCAGUACAGUCGAAAUGUCGCGGGACUUGAGUCAUGGGAGCGGGGCGCGUUUUCCCUCUCUGUCAGGGCUGAAGGUGUUGGUGUGCGACCGUGUGGCCAGGGGAAGCGGCAACUACUUUUGGCUGCUGGUCUUCAUGCCGCUCUUCUUCGUGUCGCCCGUCUCGGUGGCAGCGUGCGUCUGGGGCUUCAGGCACGACCGCUCCCUGGAGCUGGAGGUGUUCUGUUCGGUGAAUAUUCUCCAGUUCAUCUUCAUCGCUCUCAGGCUGGACAGGAUCAUCAACUGGCCUUGGCUGGUGAGGGCCAAGGAACAUUUUGUCGAGAGCCGAAAUACGACUUCACGCUGCGACAGACAGCGGUGGUGUGCGUGCCGCUGUGGAUCCUCAUGUCCUUCCUAUGCCUGGUGGUCCUCUACUACAUCAUCUGGUCGGUGCUCUUCCUCCGUUCCAUCGACAUCAUCGCCGAGCAGCGGCGGACUCACAUCACCAUGGCAGUCAGCUGGAUGACCAUCGUGGUUCCGCUUCUCACCUUCGAGAUCCUGCUGGUGCACAAGCUGGACGGCCACAACGGCCUGAGCUACGUGUGCGUCUUCGUGCCGCUGUGGCUCUCGCUCCUCACGCUCAUGGUCACCGCCUUCGGCCAGAAAGGCGCAAACCACUGGUGGUUUGGCAUCCGCAAGGACUUCUGCCAUUUUCUGCUGGAGCUCCUCCCUUUCCUGAGAGAGUACGGCAACGUCUCUUACGACCUCCGGCGCGGCGGCGGCGACGACCCCGAGGCCGCCGAGGACCCGCCCAUCCCCGAGCCGCCGCCCAAGAUCGCCCCCGUGUUCCGCAAAAAGACGGGCGUGGUGAUCACGCAGAGUCCCGGCAAAUACUUUGCGCCGCCGCCCAAACUCUGCAUCGACACGCCCGACUAGACGGGCGGGGACCCCGCCGCAGGUCGAGCCGCGGGUCCAGCCGCCGCUCGAUGCAAACCGAGUGUGGCCCUGCCGCGUCGUUGUUUUCAGAGCAAGGCGAUGAUGAUUCCAGGCUCCACAAUGAACGCCGCGUCGCCUCUGCGCUGGGACCAGCGGGGAGAGACACGAACUUUGCGGCGAGGAAAGUUGGCCCCUCCCUCGUCGUUCCCUUCGCUUGCGCUCCGGAGCCAACACUCCCGUUCUCUUUAUUUCACAUUCGCUGCUAGCAAAGAGAAGAAAGAGUUGAUGUGACCCAAGAGGGUUUCCAAAAUCUUUGAUGGAAAAUGCACUUACUAGUUGAGAGAGGUCCUGUCUUUUUUUUUUUUUUCUUUCUCCGAGAUAGGUCCCGUCUCUUUUUUUCUCUCCCUUCUUCCUGUUGAUUGUAAAUAAAUGAAUGUCUCAUCAGGGACCAGAGCAACCAAUCAGCUUUCAGCUGAUCAAUAGAAACAA